GGGAAGUUCAGUUUGUUGAUAUCGCGGGAAGACAAGCUUCUCUUCUUGUCGGAAGACAUAAAGAAUGAAUGGAUAUAGCUGAUUUCUGCUCUGUGAAGACACUAGUUUAAUGACCGAACGUCUUAUUUACAUCUCCUAAGUAGAUUCACCGGGACAAGAAGCCCAAUGUCUCAGUUGCAACCACUGAUCCAGCUCCAACAAACGACAGAGUCCUUGCUGAAUGUCCAGGAGAUGCAGUUCUGGCUGGACAAAGCAGUGGCUUGGGGCCAGGCUGACAGUCCAGAUACUCAGAAGGACACUGGCCCGCACUUGAGUAGACUAACCAGUUACCUCCGAGAUCUGCUUACACAUAUCAACAUGAGUUCCACAACAGAAACCAUGAAGAGGCUGCCCCUCCUAGGCCAGUUUCUUGGCCGACUGUGCUGGAAUCCUUAUGUCACUGCUGAUGAUACAAGCAGAAAGCUGCUGUUCCAGUGUCUGUGGGGACUGUACUCAGAGCAACCAAGCAAUGCUGUGGAGAGAAAAGCCAACCAGUGGAUACGGAAAGUGUUGUGUCAGCUUGCAACAGAAGAAGAUGAUGCUGCAGCGCAGGUAUUAAUGAAGCACAUGGGUGUACCACCUAAAGACUACCAUCUCCAAGUCCUGAGAAAGAUGGUGGCAUUGCUGCAGGAAAACAUUGGAAAGAGCUGCAAUUCUCUGGGAAACAUAAAUCAGAGGUGUUCAUGUGACAGCAUUCUGGCCACAUCAGAGGCUUGUGUCCCUCUGGUCACUUGUCCCGAGGCUGCUCCUCUCAUUGGUGCACUGCUACAGAAGUCAGCGACUUGUGUCAGAGCAGCUCUUAAUGAAGAUUUCCUGGAUGCUCUGAGCUCUGCCUAUUCAAGCCAGAGCUUGCCAUUGGAGGAGCAGGCAGUUGUCAGUCUGUGGUAUCACAGCCUGUCCAGCCUGGAAGAGGCAGUGCUCAGUCUGCUGGAGUCUGUUCUUACCAGCACAGGGUCAACACCACAGAAGCUGGAGCAGCAAGUAGCACAGUCACUAUUGCCUAAAGCGUGUGCUCAGCACUGCUCGAUAUUCUUGGUAGUAAAUGACAUCUUCAGGUCCAUCCUUAAGCAAGCUGAAGGAAAUGAGUGUGUUAAGUCUCUUGUCCAAACCUUUACCAGCUGUUUCCUCAGGGAACUGGCACUGCUGCAGCCUCAGAGGUGUGUGUCUUUGAAGGCGUUCUUCCCACAGUUACCUCAGAGUCUGUUGGUUUCCCUGCUGACCCUGCCGUCAGAAAUGCCUCGAGAGGCUUGGAGACAUCACUUGAACUGGCUCAGCAGCUCAUUACAGAAACUGACAGAGGAGGAAGAGGAAGGAGACAGCAGUGGCACCAGGGGACACCACAAAGUGUUUGAGGCCUGGUUCCUGCUUGUUCAGUGUGCCCACUGGGUCAAGGUGACUGUCCAGCUGCUGGGGACCUCAGGGCCAGAAGACUGUGGCCCCCUCCUGUGGCUGCUGACCUUCUACCACCAUCCCACCAACAGGGGGCACCACAGAGCUCUACAGCUGGUGCAUGCCAAAGAAGCAUGGGACCACCUACACUCCCUUUUCUCAGUCUUAGCUCGUCCACUGCCCGUUGACCACCUGCAGUCACUGGUCACUCUGCUGUCACCACAACCUCUGCAACCAUCGCUGUCUCCAUUAUUGAUCCUCAGCCUCUUAGCCAGCUUUGCUGUUUUCUUCCAACAGUCGCUGAGUGGUUCAACACAGAUUUUCCAAACGGUGGUGGCUCGGUCUGGUCGGGUUGAUGAAGCAGCGUGUGUUCUCAGCUCACUGGAGCUCGGACUAAAUAAAGGAAGCUGCUUAGCAAGCGACACUAACAGAGUUCAUCUAAGGAUCAAGGCACUUCAGAACACACUAACACAUAUGCAUGCAGCAUGGAGCCCUGCUGAGCACCAAGCACACACACUCUGAAGCAGGUGAAAGCGCAUUCCCACGCACACACACGCAUUAAUACAAAUAACCACGCAACAGUGAGUUCAUCCUCAGCUCAGGGUUUUUUCAGGGCACGCUUGCAGAAUGACAAAUAGCCACACUCUUGUGUAUAUAUGCUGGGUACAAUGACAAGAGUGUGUCAAAACAGCACAGCGAGGACAGAUUAUGUGGAGAGGAUACAAUUAUGUGCAGACACACACACACACACACAACACAACUACAAGGCCCACAAGGACACUUGAGGAGUGACAGAUCACACUGCUAAGAAGCAGCAGCGCGUACAACGUGUCAGAGUCCUCCCACUCAUAUAAUUGUCUCACAAAAUAAAUCCUUCACGCUACACAUGCUGACUGCAAGACAUUUAGGUUUGAAGGAAAGAAAAACCAAAUGCCAGUUAUCUUUGUAUAGUUCUCUCUCUCUCUCUCUCUCUCUCUCUCUCUCUCUCUCUCUCUCUCUUGUGUGAAAAUGUUUAAAUGAGAGCCAUGUUCCAACAGUGCUGAGUAUAUGAUAAAAUGUGAAUAAUGGAAUGUAAUGUCACUUAUUUCUGUAUUUACAUUUUCUGUGGUUUUCAUUGUUUAUAAAGUCAUGAUUUCCGACAUUUAAAAUUAUUAUCGGAGUGUAACAUUUGCGAAUGCCCGGCUUAUGCUUUUACAUUAAUUCAUUACAGCGUGAAGGUUCAUUUUUAUUAUUGAUUAAUCUGUUGAUGGCAUUGAUUAAAAAUCUAAUUAUUGCAGAUCUGAAGUGUUUAAAAAUAUAAAUAUAAACAAAAUAGAUUUACAUUUUUUAUUGUGAUCUUUGUGUGAAUGAUUUAAGUUUGGUAUCAUUCAGGAUUAUUGAUAUUUUAUUUUGAAUUUGAUGUACUGUGUUGCUCACUCUUAAAAGUAAAAAAGUGAGUUAAAGUUAGGAGCUAGAGUUCCACAUGAACUCUGUGCCUUCUUUUUUCACUCAAAAGUCCCAAAAAGAUUUCCCUUCUCUUGUCAUCUGAAGAGAGUAGAAAGAUGUAUUUCUGUUCUAUAAAUUAUUACUGAUCAGCAGAUAUUACAGUCAAUGCAACAAACACCUGUCUGACCCUGUAAAUGUACAAUUUUUUGUGUAGCAUCACACAUCAGUAAACUGUAAAGAAAACUUUUUUACUACAGAAAUCAAAUUUUCUUCUCUGCUUUCUGAACAAAAAAUGUGCUUGGACUUUUUUUUUUUUUAAUGAAUGCAUGAAACAACCAAUGUUUAAUUCAGUAAAAAAUAAAUAAAUAAAAAA